CGCGUGGUUGUGCAAAGAGGAGGCUAUCACGGUGCCCGUGACGGAACUCUCAGUAUCCGCCGGAGAGUCGUUGAAGAUACGUGUUUCGUCUCGAUAUUAUUCCCGCGAUCAGUGUAACAUCCGAGAAAAAGAAAGAGAGAAAGAGAAGGGGAGAGAAAGAGAAAGAAAGAAAGGGAGAGGAGAGAGAAAAAAAUAAGAGCCUGUGUGAGCGAACGGGAGAAUUUUCGCCGAAUUAAAUCUUCGUGCCGCGCCGCGCCGAAAGCGACAGCGAGAAACGUGCGGGACCGCGGCGUGCGCGGGAAAAGGCACGCGAUAGUAAGAGCGAAGACACAGACGAGAGCGGGGUCGAAAGGGUGACAGAAAUGGUGACAGUCGGCUGGCUCAGAUGCAGCCUGGUACUGCUGUGUAUAUUGGUUAUCGUGGUGCCAGCAUUAUCGUCGACAGUUAGCCAGUUCGAUAUUUCCGAAUACAUCUACGGGAUAGACCAUGAUUUGCAAGCGAGAGCACGCUCGGCCAUCGAGGCGGAGAGAUUCGCCUAUCGAUCACGAGCAAACAAGAUACAAUCAGUCAACGCAACCUGCAGAGUCCGAUCGGAAAGGCCCUGUCCACCGAGCAAGUACAGAACGCCCUCCGGUGCUUGCAAUAAUGUGAGAUAUCCUGCCUGGGGCGCCAGAGGCUCCCCGUUCCUCAAAUUACUCCCAUCGGAGUAUUUGGAUGGCAUUUCAAGACCGCGUCAAUCGGUGGGUACUCACAGUCUACCUGCGCCAAGCGACGUCAUCUCCCACAUUCUGUCAUCCUUUCCGAGGGUAGGAAGCCAUGAAGGUUUGACUAGCCUCUCGGGCGUCUGGUCGGAGCUGGUGUUGCAGGAUAUCGCUGCCACGGUGCACUCCGCGGGUCGCGAGGACAAAUGUUGCUCCAAUGCGCAGCAGCAUCCGGAGUGCUACGAGAUGCACGACGAAAGAUACGGCUGCAGGAGUUACUGGCGUUCGGUGCCGAGUUUAACGGUGCACGGCUGUCAGUUCGAGGCGAGGGAGCAGAUGAACGGCAUGUCCGCGUACUUAGACGGUUCGGGCAUCUACGGCGCCACCGACGACAAGUUGCAUCUGCUCAGGACCUACGAGGAUGGCAAGGUCAAUCUGAGCGCCUGCGAGUUUUGCAAUCGAAUCGAGCGGAACGCUCUUGGCCUGCUGCAUCGGGUCUUCCUGCGCGAGCAUAAUCGUGUGGCGAAGAGACUGGUGGAGGCGAACGUGCACUGGGACGACACGAAGCUCUUCUUGGAGGCACGUCGCAUUGUCGUCGCGCAGCUUCAGCACAUCACUCUCAACGAGUACGUGCCGGCGAUACUGCGGGAAGCCGCACAGGUCGACCACGAGCUUAGACCGCUCGCGAAUGGCUUCUACGCUGGCUAUUCCUCGUCCAACAAGGCGGGUACGUACCAAGCAGUGGCACUGGCAGCUCUGCGCGCUCUCGUUUGGACGCGUGUGGAUAAAAUAGGAGACCUGGAGAGUCACAUAAUCUUUUCCGCCAACGGCAUCGGUCUCGCAGCCGCGCCGGACGCGGCUUCCUGGUCUGUGCAUGUUGCACGAGAUCACGGAGUGCCCGGAUAUAUCAAAUUCCUGACUGACUGUUUGGGAGAGAGCAUUAAGAUCGAAAACUUCACGGAUCUAGCGAGAGUAAUGCGACCCGAGCACGCGCGGCUGCUAAGUACGAUUUACGCGAAUGUGGAGGACGUGGAUCUUCUCGUGGGUGGUAUCCUGGAGAUUCCGGCCACGGGCGUCGCCGUGGGUCCAACGUUCGAGUGUCUUCUUAAGAAGCAGUUUGUAACGAUGAGAAAUUCCGACCGCUUCUGGUAUGAGAAUGACAUUCCACCAUCAGGAUUGACGGCGGCGCAGCUGGCCGAGAUCAGGAAGGUGUCUCUCGCCAGUAUUCUGUGCGCCAACACCAAUAUCCGCAGGAUCCAGCCGAGAGUGUUCAUCCGACAGGAUCAAUAUCUGAACAGCAAAAUCAGUUGCGAGCAGUACGAAUCUCUGAACGUCGCGGCGUGGAGCGAGGAACCGCUGCCGCUUCCUGUGAUGCAGUACAACUCGGUGAACGCGAGCACGGGCGAGCCGACGUUGUCGUUCCUGCCGGAGAUCAGUCCCGAAGUGCUCGCCGCUGCAGUAAAGAGAGCGGAGGAAGAGCUGAUCGAGCGGAAGCAGUUGGAGUACAAUGCCUGGCUGGAGCAGAAAGUUGCCGAUCCGAAAUCGUCUGCCGGCACCGCGGCUAGCUUCUCGAAGGCCAACAAGGACGCCCUGCUGCUCGCCAAUUCGUCCAUCAUGUACGAAUUGGCGACAAACGAGAUUCUAAAUGGCGUGCACGGUCUUCGACGUAGGAGACGUCAGGUCUUCGAGAACACGGAGAACGUUCUGGGCUUCCCCAAUACGAACGAGUUCUCCGAUCUGUUGCAGAACGUCGAUAUCUCCGGCUUUCUGAAUCACCAUCACAAGCCGACAAAUCACGAGGAGGUGCAGUGUCCCGUGGACGAUUCCCGAUGCGAUCCAACCACGCCCUACCGAACUCUAUCGGGCCACUGCAACAAUUUGCGUAAUCCCAGCCUGGGCAAGUCGCUGACGACCUUCGCCCGCCUGUUGCCGCCUGCUUACGAGGACGGUGUUUCCAAACCGAGGGGCACAUCCGUCACCGGCGCGUCGUUGCCGAAUCCCCGAGUGAUCUCCACCGUGAUCCACCCGGACAUAUCGAAUUUGCACAAUCGUUACACGCUGAUGGUGAUGCAGUUCGCGCAGUUCCUGGAUCACGACAUGACGAUGACGCCCAUACACAAAGGCUUCGCGGAGUCGAUUCCCUCCUGCCGAUCGUGCGACUCGCCGCGCACCGUUCAUCCCGAGUGCAAUCCGUUUCCCGUGCCGCCGGGCGAUCACUUUUAUCCCACGGUGAACGUCUCGUCGGGCGCGCGUAUGUGCUUCCCGUCGAUGAGAUCGUUGCCGGGCCAGCAGAAUCUGGGUCCGCGCGAACAGGUGAAUCAGAAUACCGGCUUCCUGGACGCGUCGGUGGUCUACGGCGAGAACUCGUGUAUCUGUAACAUCCUCCGCGGCUUCAACGGCCGCAUGAACAUCACGUCGAAUCCAAGACGCGGCAGGGACUUGCUGCCGCAAUCAGCGACGCAUCCUGAGUGCAAGGCGCGAUCGGGAUUCUGCUUCAUCGGCGGCGAUGGCCGCGCUUCGGAGCAACCGGCUCUGGCAGUUAUGCACACCAUGUGGAUACGCGAGCACAAUCGCGUGAUGGAAGGCUUGCGAGGGGUGAAUCCCCACUGGGACGGCGAGAAGCUGUUCCAGGAGACGCGACGUAUCAUUAGCGGGAUGCUGCAACACAUCACGUAUAACGAGUUUCUGCCAAGAAUUCUUGGCUGGAACGCCGUCAGUCUAUACGGUCUUAAACUGUUGCCCCAGGGUUACUACAAGGAGUACUCGCCCACCUGUAACCCGAGCGUGCUCAACGAGUUCGCCACCGCGGCCUUCCGAAUCGGCCAUUCCUUGCUGCGACCGCACUUGCCGCGCAUGGACCGCAACUAUCAGAAUAUCAAUCCGCCUAUCUUGCUACGCGACGGAUUCUUCAAUCCCGACAUGCUCUACCAGGAGAACAUGAUCGACGAGAUGAUACGCGGCCUGGUGACCACGCCGAUGGAGACGUUGGAUCAGUUCAUCACCGGCGAGGUGACCAAUCAUCUGUUCGAGCAGAGCGGUAUUCCGCACUCCGGCGUGGACUUGAUAGCCCUGAACAUUCACCGGGCCCGCGAUCACGGAUUGCCGUCGUACAAUCACUACAGAGCGCUGUGCAACUUGAAGAAGGCCACCACGUUCGAGGAUCUGUCCAGAGAAAUGGCGCCGGAGGUGAUAGCCCGUAUGAAACGCAUAUACGCCUCCGUGGACGACAUCGAUCUCUUCCCGGGCGGUAUGAGCGAGCGACCGCUUCAGGGCGGCUUGGUCGGACCCACCUUCGCCUGUAUCAUCGCCAUUCAGUUCAGGCAAUCGAGAAAGUGCGAUCGUUUCUGGUACGAGACCGACGAUCCGAACAUUCGCUUCACCGAGCAUCAGAUGGCAGAGCUCCGCAAGACUACUCUGGCCAAAGUGAUAUGCGAGAAUAUGGACCAUCACACAGACAUGCAAAGAGCUGCGUUCGAUUUGCCCAGUAAUUUCUUAAAUCCACGCGUACCGUGCAGCUCUAUGCCCCAUAUGGACUUCGCCGCCUGGCGAGAGACCAGACACGGCUGUCAGAUCGGCGGAAGAAACGUCGCGGUCGGCGAGUCUGGUUUCCCUACGCCUUGCACCAGCUGCGUUUGCACCAAUGAAGGCACGCAAUGCGCCUCACUGAGAGUCACGGACUGCAACCAACUUUUACGAGAGGCUUCUCGAGAGGCGAUUCUACGGGACGAUGUAUGCACCGCCCAAUGUGGUUUCGUUCUGGCGGCUUCAGAGAGUAACGCGAGGGUACAACAGUUCACUACGCCCAGCGGUCCGGGUUUCAACGGUUUCCCGCCGCACACGAAUAAUCUGAGAAGUUCGCCGACGCCAGCCUCAUUCAACGGUUUCAAGCUGCCUGACCUUUCGCAAUUCAUUGGGUGAAUCGAAAGAGAUGGGAAGACUUAAAAUUCAUAACUCUUUGUUUACUGAUUGUACGCAGAAAAAACACACUGCCUUUACUUCGAGAGACUGUACGACAAACGCGAUCCCAAAAUUUCACAACCAGUCAGUCGUGAUCAAGCUCAAUAUUAUAAAAAGAAAACAAAUACAGCGGACAAACAAGGAGAGACAGUAAGCAUGUUUAAACAUACGCAUAACGCAAGAGAUACUUAACGAAAGAUAAAAGAAAGAGUACCUGUCGGCGUGUAAAUAUAGAUGAUAAGACGCAAGUAUUUAGUUCGCCGAAGAAGAACGAGAUCGCAUCGUCGAAAAAUAAAAGAGAGCAAAAAGACACGCGAAUGGGUUGAGACUUUUUGAAUUAGGAAUGAUGAUUUUUUUAAGACACAUAGAAUCAUUUCAAAGUAUAAUGAAAGUUUUGGUUUGUUGUUUUUGAAUAUCAUUCGAAACAGAAAAAUUGUUGAAAGUCUUGAAUGUGUUGAAAAUUUCUCUCAAGUGUUUUGAAAAUAUAAUUGUUCUUUCAUAAUAUUUUACGUUAUUGUUUCAUUUUUCUAUUUUAUACACAAAUAAGAACUAUAACUUUUGUAAAUUUUUCAUUUUUUUCGAUAUUCGAUGCUUUAAAAACAGAUUUUCUAAACACUUAAGAGAAGAGAGUUUUUAAGGGUUUCACAAGACAUUCAAAAUCUUCCAAGAUUUUUUUAAGACUUACCGGUUUCGAAUAAUAUUCGAAGCAAUUUUGAAUAUAUAUAUAUAUAUAUAUUUUUUUUUAUAAUUGGAUUUUAAUCUCUUUUCAAAAGAAGAGGAUUACAGUAUUUAUCAUUAUCAGGAAUGACGCACUAGAUAAACGCGUGUACAAGCAAGACUUGCAAUGAAUUGUCGCGAUCUGUGCAAUACGGUGAUAUUACGUUACCACGGAAAUUGAGAUUGAGAUUGAAUAUAAAGCAUGUCAAAAUGGACACGCGAUAUCAUAUGUGCUGUGUGCUGUGGUACGUGUCAGCGUCACGUAUCGAUAUGUCAUUUCAUAUGUGUUUGAAUGAUGGACGGUAUCGGCUCGAAAGAAAUGCAAAUGCAACGUUCAUUAUGAACUUGUCUUUCUUUCUCUCGUUACACCUACCUAAUUUUGUAUUAUAAUAACGUGACAUGUAUAAU